GUACACUGGAGAGUUCACACAGGAGAAAGACCUUAUGAUUGCAGUGAGUGUGGGAACUCUUUUACUAAUAGCUUGGUGCUCGUCCUUCACCAGCGGGUACAUAAAGGGGAAGGGCCUUUUGCUUGCAGUGAAUGUGGGAAAUCUUUUACCAGUAGCUUGAUACUCAUUCUCCACCACAGAGUUCACACAGGAAAAAGGCCUUAUGAGUGCAGUGAGUGUUGGAAAUCCUUUAGUCAUCAAUCUUACCUCACUCAACACUGGAAGGUUCAUAGUGGAAAAAGGCCUUAUGAAUGCAUUGAAUGUGGGAAAUCUUUUAUGUCUCGCCGUGGCCUCCAUUAUCAUCAGAGAGUUCACACUGGAUCAAGGCCUUAUGAAUGUAGUGAAUGUGGGAAGUCUUUUACCUCUCACUCUGGCCUUCGUUAUCAUCAGAGAGUUCACACAGGAGAAAGGCCUUAUGAGUGCAGUGAGUGUGGAAAAUGUUUUACCUCUGGCUCUGCCCUGUGUUAUUAUCAGAAGACUCAUGCUGGAGAUAGGCCUUAUGAGUGCACUGUAUGUGGGAAAUGUUUUUACUCUUGUUCCACCCUCCAUUAUCAUCACAGAGUUCACACAGGAGAAAGGCCUUAUGUGUGCAGUGAAUGUGGGAAAUCUUUUUUCUCUAGCUGCAACCUCAUUAAACAUGAGAGAAUUCACACAGGAGAAAGGCCUUAUCUGUGCAGUUUAUGUGGGAAAUCCUUUAUCCAAAGAUGUUACCUUCUUAUACACCAGAGAGUUCACACAGGAGAAAGGCCUUAUGAGUGUAAUGAAUGUGGGAAAUCUUUUACUACUUGGAGGAACCUUCAUUAUCAUCAGGGAGUUCACACUGGAGAAAGCCCUUAUGAGUGCAGUGAAUGUGGGAAAACCUUUAGGAGAGAGUCUUCUCUCAUUGAACACUGUAGAGUUCACACUGGAGAAAAGCCUUAUAAAUGCAGUGAAUGUGGGAAAGCUUUUUCAUCUAGGUAUGUUUUCCGUUAUCAUCAGAGAGUUCACACAGGAUUGAGGCCAUAUGAGUGUAGUGAAUGUGGGAAAUCUUUUAUUUGUAGUUCCAUUCUCCGUGAACAUCAGAGAAUUCACAGUAACCAAAGUCCUUAUGAAUGCACUGAAUGUGGGAAGUCCUUUAGAGCAAAUUCUUAUCUCACUGAACACUGUAUAAUUCAUACUGGAGAAAAGCCUUAUAAAUGCAGUGAAUGUGGGAGAUCUUUUUCGUCUAGGUCCGGCCUCCGUUAUCAUCAGAGAGUUCACACAGGAUUGAGGCCAUAUGAGGGUAGUGAAUGUGAGAAAUCUUUUCCCCAGAGCUUUGCACUCCUUCCACGUCCAUGUUGACAGAGGUGGAAGGUCUUAAUGUGUGUUGUGAAUGUGGGAAAUUGUUUACUUCUAGUUCCACCUUUUGUUCUUAUUAGAGUUCACAGGAAGAGCCUUAUUCGUGCCAGGAAUUUGGGGAAUUGUUUCCUAAAGAAUUCAUCUCAUGGGACUUCCCUGUUUGUCCUUUGGUUCAGAAUCCACCUUCCAGUGCAGGCAAUGUGGGUUCUAUCCUUGGUCGGGGAACUAAGAUCCCCCAUGCCAUGGGGCAACUAGCCUGUGAGCCUCAACUACUGAGCCCACACAUUCUAGAGCCUGUGCACUGCAACAAAGAUCCCAUGUGCCGCAACUAAGACCCGACACUGCCAAAUAAAUAUUUAAAAAACAAAAGAAUUCACCCCAGUAUACAUGGUAGAGUUUAUACUGGAGAAAGGCCUUGAAUGUGCAAGGAAAAGUGCAAUUUUCUUGUUCAGGGUAACGACGUUGGAAGAAACUGAGGAGUGGCCCAUCUGAAUUCAAUCUCAUACAUUCAGUUGUCCACAGGGGGAGAUACCCCUGAAAUUUCAGUUAUGUGGGUAGCACGUGUGGCUGUAUUGCACUUUGUAACCUGUCCAGGUCUCUUCCCAGAUUUAUGUCACUGCCCGUUUCUGUGGCUGUUUUACCUCUAUCGCCUGGCAGGUCCACAUAGUGUGCAUCAGUCACCAGCUCAGUGUGCUCAGGGAAACUGACCUCUGUUCUUCCAAGUGUUGGAGCAAACCAGGAGUGGUAGCCCAGUCCGUUAGGGGUUGGUGUUCCCCCCUCUCUGACUAUGUGUACAAAAGCCUGAAGGAAUGUUGGCCCCGAGAACGUCAUAUGAAUUCAGCUGACAAUGUGCAGAGAAGGACAACAUUUUCCAAGGACAUAUUCUCUCAUGCUCAGUUGUUCCAUCUAGCAAGUCACCAACCCAAACUGUGUGCCACACAUUGUUUUGGUUUGUAUAAUAUGGAUGCCUUACUGUUUAAGGCCUAUUUUGUUUUUGGAGUUCUUUGUACUGCUAGAGGUUUUUUAUAAGGAGAUUUGGGCUCCACAGGCAUGGGCCUCAGGGAGGAUAGUACGAUUGCAAAACGUGGCUUGUCAUUUUUGGUCAAAUUUGCAUUGGUGCCAGUGAAGUUGUAGGAGAGAGGGCAGGGCUUUAUGGUCCUCAUUUGAAGCCUGGAUGCUAUGAACUUUAGGAGACUCAGACAUCACCCUCAAGAGGAGUAAGGUGUGACAAUCUCAAGUUCUUGCAACAGCAUGAAUUUUUCCCCCUGUUCAUGGGGAGUAUCACAAGAGAUGUCAGCACUGUUGAGAGGCAUCUCCCAUGGUCUUGCAAAGAGCAUGUGCUCUGAUGUCCACAAUUCCAUGGGUGACAGUCACUGGUUGUAAGACUAUAGGGGUCAGGGGAAACUGAAACUGAUACAGAAACUGUGUUAGUAGGGAACAAAGGAGACAGCAGCCAGCUCAUUGGAACGUGUCUCUUCUAAAAGUGCAUCCACAGAUGUCUUUGUGACGAUGACUGAUGUGCAGGAUCAGUGUGUACACAAAUCUCAGGACCUCCAGGCAUGUUUAACUUGUGUAGUUGAGGUCAUUGUCAGAGAAGAUAAUUGGAAAGUUUUGUGGAUUUUUGUAACCUCCCUGUAAUAUUCGCCUCAAGGCUGUUGCACAGGCAGAAAAAAGAAAGGUAGAGAAAAGUAGUCUAAGGAUGUGGCUCUUGUGAGCCAGCCAACAUUCCUGUUGACUGCAGUGGAAAUGUCCUUUAUUACUUGCCAAUGUUUGCUGCCACUGAGGCAGGAUUGAUCCCCAGAGGGCAUGACAGAAAGAUGGUGGACUCACUAUAGGGCUGUCAGAUCUAUUUUCCAAAACAGUGGGGCAUACAGAUUUUGUUUAUCUUGAAGUGUUUUUUUUAAAGUUUUAUUUAGGUGUAAUUUACAUGUAGUAAAGUACACACAUUUAAAGUGAAGUAUUUGAUAAGUUUUGACAUACACAUGAUACUUGUGAAAACAUCAUCACAGUCAUGGUAGUGACCAUGUCUAUCACUGUGUAUUUGCUCCAUGUUCUUUUAUAAUCUCUGUGUCCCUGCCCUUCACAGCCAUCCAAGCAACCAUUGAUUUAUUUCUCCUUGUAAUAGAUACCCUUGCAAUUUCUAUAAUUUACCUGAUGGAAUCGUAAAAUGUUUACUUUUGUUUUCUCCUGGUUUUGUGUUUUAUAAUUAUUUUGAGAUUCAUCAAUGAUGUUAAAUGAGGAGCUCUUUUUUAUUUUUUUGAGUAAUAUUCUUACCAUUCGAUAUAACAGUAUUUAUCCAUUCACCUGUUUAUGGCUAUUUGGGUUAAUUCCAUGUUUUGAUGGUUGAUAAUAAACUUGUGCAAGCAUUUGUGUACAGUUCUUAAUCUGGAUAUUUGUUUCUUUUAUCUUUUGGCCAAAAAAUUAGAUUGCAGUGUUUGAACCACAAAGUUAGGUGAAUGUUUAGCUUUUGAAGAAACUAACAAAUUGCUAUUUAAACAUGGUAUUUUUUCUUUUUCUUUUUUUAAAAAAUUUUUUAUUGAAAUCUAGUUGAUUUACAGUGUUGUGUAUUUUUUUGUAUUCGUACCAGCAGUUGUAUGAAGGUUCCGUUUCCUCCACAU